AUGAUGAGUGUCAGAACUACCACAUAUUUGUUGAUCUUAUAUUUAUUUAUCGCUGCAGAGGCAGUAACAUACGUGAAAGGUCCCAAAGGUCCAAGAGGUGAUCCCGGACCUGUAGGAGAGAGAGGUCCUCAAGGUCCUAAAGGUCCACGAGGUGAUAUGGGACCUACAGGAAAGAAAGGACCCCGCGGCCUUCCUGCUGGAGCUGUCGAAACGCCUUAUGUAUAA